CCGUGCCCGGCGGAGACUCGGGAGGAUGAAGGUGAUCACGUGUGAAAUCGCCUGGCACAACAAGGAGCCAGUGUACAGCCUGGACUUCCAGCACGCGGCAGCCUGCAAGAUCCACAGGCUGGCGUCCGCCGGGGUGGACACCGCCGUCAGGAUCUGGAAGGUGGAGAGGGGGCCAGAUGGGAAAGCCGUGGUGGAAUUUCUCUCCAAUCUUGCUCGGCACACCAAAGCUGUCAAUGUUGUGCGUUUUUCUCCAUCUGGGGAGAUCUUAGCAUCUGGAGGCGACGAUGCCGUUGUUCUCUUGUGGAAGAUGAAUGAUAACAAGGAACCAGAGCCAGUCGCCUUUCAGGAUGAGGACGAGGCCCAGCUGAAUAAGGAGAACUGGACCGUGGUGAAAACCCUGAGGGGCCACUUAGAAGAUGUGUGUGAUAUUUGCUGGGCAAAUGAUGGGACUCUGAUGGCCUCCGCCUCUGUGGAUAACACAGUUAUCAUAUGGGAUGUCAGCAAAGGACAGAAGAUUUCCAUUUUCAACGAACAUAAAAGUUACGUACAAGGAGUUGCCUGGGACCCUUUGGGUCAAUAUGUUGCGACCCUGAGUUGCGACAGGGUGCUGCGGGUCUAUAGCACUCAGAAGAAGCGUGUGGCUUUCAACAUUUCUAAGAUGCUGUCUGGGUCAGGGUCUGAAGGAGAGGCAAGAAGUUUCCGGAUGUUUCACGAUGACAGCAUGAAGUCAUUCUUCCGUAGACUCAGUUUUACUCCAGAUGGAUCUUUGCUUCUCACUCCAGCUGGAUGUGUGGAAUCUGGUGAAAAUGUAACAAAUACAACGUAUGUGUUCUCCAGAAAACACCUGAAAAGGCCAAUCGCCCACCUUCCGUGCCCUGGGAAAGCGACUCUCGCUGUCCGCUGCUGUCCCGUCUACUUCGAAUUGAGGCCAGUGGCAGAAACAGACGGGGCAUCAGAGGAGCCGAGCCCCGAGCCGGUGAGCCUGCCCUACCGUAUGGUGUUUGCCGUGGCCUCCGAGGACUCUGUGAUGCUGUAUGACACGCAGCAGCCUUUCCCAUUUGGUUAUGUGUCUAACAUCCAUUACCAUACCCUGAGUGACAUCUCCUGGUCCAGUGACGGGACCUUCCUGGCCAUCUCCUCCACGGAUGGGUAUUGCUCCUUUGUGACCUUUGAGAAGGGUGAACUUGGCGCAGUGUUGAAAGAGAAGCCAGUUUUGAACAUAAGAACUCCUGACACAGCAAAGAAAAGCAAGAGCCAGGCACAGCAGGGGUCUUCUCCAGGGCCCCGAUCAGCCGAGGGGACCCCCACCUGCAGACCGCAAGACCCCAGCAGUCCCUGUGCCACCCCCUCACCAACGACACAGUCUCCAGCCCCGCCCGCCGCCAGGGACAGCCCCUCGGCCACUCCUGCUGGCAAGAGCUCCUUGCCACGGCCUCCUGAGGAGAAGACCCUGCAGCCUGCUAGUCAGAACACCAAAGCCCCCCAACCCCGGAGGGUCACCCUGAACACGCUGCAGUCCUGGAGCAAGACGACUCCCCGGAGAAUAAACUUAACACCAUUAAAGGCAGACACUGCGCCAAAUCCACUGCCCACCGGCGGCACCGCCACCUCCUCCACUGAAGAGAUUGAACCAGUGACGCCUGGAAAGCCCCAGGAGGAGCCUCCCGACCUGAAGAGGCCCAGACUUCAGGACCAGGAAGGAGGUGCCCAAACCCCGGGUCCUGACGAGGCUUCCAAGUCUGCUUGAUGCUUGCUGGGGCCCGGCACUCAUGUGUGCAGGAGCC